AUGGCUGAGCCUGAUAAUGUUCCUCCAAAGCCCUCCCCGGCUUUGGCGGAGCCUGCUCAGGUAGGCGGCAGCAACAAGGUCGGCUUGGACGAUCUGAUUCAAGACCCUGGAUCCCGGCGACUGUCACAAGUUGUCAAAGAAGGUUUAGGUAUAGAUUCCUGCGCUGACGGGGAAGGCAAAACAAAGAUGGACAAUGUGGACAUUGUGGGUAAUAUGGGCACCUCCGCGACCGCCGUCUCCCCAGAUACCGAGUCGCUACAGAGAGAUAUUGGGAAAACCCCUUCGAUAGCAGUCGAUCUCGUGCAGUCUGGAAACGCUAGUGAUGCUGAGAAAGAUGAAGCAGACUCCAGUGCAGAAGCUGAGGGAAAUGCUUCAGAAGGUGAAAAAAGAACUGAGACUUCCUUGCAGCACCCGCAUUUAGAUGUGUCAAAGUUCGCCAUGACAGAAGAAGACGCUCCGGCAGGUUUUGUUCCAGGACAGUCGAACACCCCUGACAUCAGGACACGUUCAGACUCGAGGUCAACCACCGCAACGCAAGUCACACAGCGAUCCGCACCGAUUAGUUCUGCAGUGUUUAUUUUAACGGCCCUUGAUACCAUUGAAUCUUCGAAGGCAGCACGACGGAGCAAGGAAUUGGAAGAUGCUGUGGCGCAAGCCCGGGCGAAUAUCAAGCAAUCGGAACAACAUCCUAUUGAUCCAGAAGUUAUUUUCCUACCUUUACAGCUGGCUACGAAGACCUCGAGUAUCCCUUUGCAAGUAACUGCUCUCGAUUGCAUUGGCAAACUGAUAACAUAUUCCUACUUUGCGUUUCCCUCCGCUCCGCACGAUGGGCAUCUGCAAACCUCAUCCGAUCAGCCUCCGCUGAUAGAGUGUGCUAUUGAGACAAUCUGUGAUUGUUUUGAAAAUGAAUCUACUCCAGUUGAAAUUCAACAACAGAUCAUCAAGUCUCUCCUUGCCGCGGUACUAAACGACAAGAUUGUUGUCCACGGCGCUGGCCUUUUAAAGGCCGUUAGGCAGAUAUAUAACAUCUUUAUAUAUUCCAAAUCUAGCCAGAACCAACUGAUCGCCCAAGGAUCGCUCACCCAAAUGGUAGGCACUGUGUAUGACAGAGUCCGUAUCCGACUUGACUUGAAGGAGGCUCGAAUCCGUGAUCGUGGAGACCAUGAUGAUGGCUCCCAGGCACCCGAAUCCAUUGGUCAGACAAAUGGCGACACUCCCAAUGAGCAAGAUUCAUCGACGGAGGCGACUCAACCUCUUUCUGACCAACCAGUUGCCAAAGAUUUGGUUGAGAAGCUCACACUACAGAGUUUUGAGAUAAAUAAAGAUGAUACCAUGGUCAGCGAUAAUGCUCCUACGAUGGUUACACGGGCGAAGGCCAACAAGAAGCAGGCCAAGUCCGUAUCUGGUGAGGAGGGGGAUUCAUUCGCUGACGAUGACGAGGACGAAAUAUACGUGAAAGAUGCUUUCCUUGUUUUCCGGGCAUUGUGCAAACUGAGCCAUAAAAUCCUUUCACACGAACAGCAACUGGAUCUCAAAUCACAGAAUAUGAGAUCCAAGUUGCUUUCAUUACAUCUUAUCCAGCAUCUUCUCAGCAACCAUAUUUCGGUUUUCUCUUCCCCUCUCGCUACAUUAAAACACAGCAGUAGCUCUUCUGAUUCGAUGACCCUUUUGGAAGCUAUUAAACCCCAUCUCUGUCUGAGCCUGAGCAGAAAUGGUGCUAGCUCUGUGCCCCGUGUUUUCGAGGUUGGGUGUGAGAUCUUCUGGCUCAUGCUUAAACACAUGAGAGUGAUGCUCAAGAAAGAACUGGAGGUUUUCCUGAAGGAAAUUUACCUCGCCAUUUUGGAGAAGAGGAAUUCCCCGAUGUUUCAAAAACAAUAUUUUAUGGACAUCCUAGAGAGACUUUCAGCGGACCCGAGAGCGCUCGUGGAAAUAUAUUUGAAUUAUGACUGCGAUAGGACAGCCUUAGAGAACAUGUUCCAAGGUAUCAUCGAGCACCUAUCGAGACAGUCCAGCACCCCUGUAACGGUUUCGGCUAUGCAGGAACAACAAUACCAGGAACAACAGGGCAAAUCUCCCCUUAAUGCUCAUGAUUGGCAUCAGAAAGGGACACUCCCACCGUCGCUUUCUACUGCAAAAGUGGGAUCUACUACAUCCACCAAUACGCAGAAUAUACCUUUAGAAUAUAUGAUGAAGAAGCGAGCACUAGAAUGCCUAGUGGAGAUUCUAAGAUCGUUGGAUGUUUGGUCAUCUAGGGAGCUUGCAGAGCAGGCCCCUCCUGGCCGCGAAGCCCCCAAUCGAAGUUCAAUAGGAGGUUCCAGAGAAUCAUUAGACACGAAUUCUAUGUUAGCUGCGCAUUCGCCUAACAUUGAUAGCGGAGAUUUUGCAACUGGACAAUCAACCCCAGUGUUAGAUGAUGAUCCUAGCCAAAUCGAAAAAGUGAAACAACGAAAAAUUGCCCUCACCAAUGCUAUUAGGCAGUUUAAUUUUAAACCCAAAAGAGGAAUCAAGGUCCUUUUAUCAGAAGGAUUUAUUCGGUCCGACUCCCCUGCGGAUAUCGCGAGCUUCCUGAUUCGAAAUGAUCGGCUAGAUAAAGCAACCCUAGGUGAAUACCUUGGGGAAGGUGAUGCGGAGAAUAUUGCUAUAAUGCAUGCAUUUGUCGACUGUAUGGAUUUCAAGAAACGACGUUUUGUGGAUGCCCUCAGGCAGUUUUUGCAGAGCUUUCGAUUACCAGGAGAAUCCCAGAAAAUCGAUCGUUUCAUGCUUAAAUUUGCAGAGCGCUACUUAACUGGCAAUCCGAACGCCUUUGCUACCGCCGAUGCUGCUUACGUUCUUGCAUACUCAGUUAUUUUGUUAAAUACUGAUCUUCAUAGCUCUAAGAUGAAGGGACGACGAAUGACAAAACAGGAUUUCAUCAAUAAUAACAGGGGUAUCAAUGAUAAUAGCGACCUGCCCGAAGAGUAUCUCUCCGGCAUCUACGACGAGAUAGCAAACAACGAAAUCGUUCUCUAUACCGAGAGGGAAAAUGCGGCCAAUUUGGGUAUUCAAACACAUCCACAGCCAGGCUUAGCCACCCGGGCAGGGCAGGUUUUAGCAACGGUUGGACGAGAUGUACAGGGUGAACGUUAUGCGCAAGCAUCGGAAGAGAUUGCAAACAAGACCGAACAGCUUUAUCGUAGUUUGAUCAGAGCACAACGCAAGUCUGCCGUCAAAGAAGCCUUGUCGCGCUUCAUCCCCGCCACCUCGGCACGACACGUUGGAUCCAUGUUCAACGUUACUUGGAUGUCUUUCCUUUCCGGCCUUUCUGCUCAGGUUCAAGAUACCCAACAUUUAGAAACAAUACGACUUUGCAUGGAAGGGAUCCGUCUUUCUAUCCGCAUCUCCUGCCAAUUCGACUUAGAAACUCCAAGGGUUGCCUUUGUUACCGUGCUAGCAAAAUUUACCAACCUAGGCAAUCUCAGGGAAAUGAUGGCUAAAAACGUGGAAGCACUGAAGGUGCUCCUGGACGUUGCCAUCACCGAAGGGAAUUACUUGAAAACAUCUUGGCGGGAAGUCUUAACAUGCAUAAGUCAACUUGACAGAUUCCAGCUCCUUACAGAUGGCGUGGAUGAAGGGGCUCUUCCGGAUGUUUCAAUGGCUAGACUCACUCCGCCAUCCACUGCGGACGGCUCUCGUAGCCGAAAGUCUUUUCAGGCCCCCAGAAGACCACGAUCACGAUCUGUCAAUAAUGGAAAUGUACCUUAUCGGGCCGAAGUUGCUAUGGAAAGUCGCUCCACAGAAAUGAUUCGCGGGGUGGACCGGAUAUUUAGUAAUACCGCCAAUCUGUCAAACGAUGCCAUCGUUGACUUUGUCCGUGCCCUUAGCAAUGUGAGCUGGCAGGAAAUCCAGUCUUCUGGCCAAAGUGAGUCUCCUCGUACCUACAGUUUGCAGAAAGUGGUCGAGGUCAGUUACUACAACAUGACCCGAGUUAGGAUCGAGUGGAGUAGAAUCUGGGAUGUUUUAGGUGAACACUUCAACCAAGUUGGGUGCCACACUAAUACAGCUGUUGUAUUCUUUGCUUUGGAUUCCCUGCGCCAGCUUUCUAUGCGGUUUAUGGAAAUUGCAGAACUUCCUGGUUUCAAAUUUCAGAAGGAUUUCCUGAAACCUUUUGAACAUGUUAUGGCGAAUAGCACCACGGUCACUGUCAAGGAUAUGGUGCUCCGCUGUCUCAUUCAAAUGAUUCAAGCGCGUGGUGAUAAUAUUCGUUCUGGGUGGAAAACUAUGUUUGGUGUCUUCGCUGUUGCUGCACGAGAGCCUUAUGAGGGGAUCGUCAAUAUGGCAUUUGAGCAUGUGCUGCAGGUCUACACAACCCGUUUCGGAGUCAUCAUCACCCAAGGGGCUUUUGCGGACCUCAUCGUAUGUCUCACAGAGUUCUCGAAAAACUUGAAGUUCCAGAAAAAGUCUCUCCAGGCAAUUGAAACGUUGAAGUCAACAAUUCCCAAAAUGCUCAAGACGCCUGAAUGCCCACUGUAUCAACGCCGUCCUGGAAAAGAAGGAGAGGAUAUGCCAACUGCUUCCUUACAGCCAAGUCGACAAUCUUCUGAGGAGCAAUUCUGGUACCCUGUCCUGAUCGCGUUCCAGGAUGUUCUGAUGACCGGGGAUGACCUUGAAGUUCGAUCUAGGGCAUUGAAUUAUCUUUUCGAGACGCUAAUUCGAUAUGGGGGAGACUUCCCUCCGGAAUUUUGGGAUGUACUUUGGAGGCAGCUACUAUAUCCCAUCUUCGUCGUGCUCCAGUCGAAAUCUGAGAUGUCGAAAGUGCCCAAUCACGAAGAGUUAUCUGUCUGGCUUUCAACCACGAUGAUCCAAGCACUACGGAAUAUGAUUACACUGUUCACACAUUACUUCGACUCUCUUGAGUACAUGUUGAAUCGGUUUUUGGAGCUUCUCACUCUCUGCAUAUGUCAGGAGAAUGAUACGAUUGCACGAAUUGGGAGCAAUUGCUUGCAACAACUUAUCUUGCAGAACGUUUCCAAAUUCCAGCAGAAACACUGGACUAAAAUUGUUGGAGCUUUUGUGGAAUUGUUCGAGAAAACGACUGCGUAUGAGCUAUUCACAGCAACCGGCGCCACAGCACCCUCCAGGGACUUAGAGAGCCCGAAGCACACCACUAAAGCAGCCACUAGUGCGGAGCAAUCCGACGACGGUGCUCAAGACGAGCUUCUGUCGAGUUCUGCAUCCACCCAAGUUAACGGAAAUAAACCUACAUAUGCCGUAGAUCAAGAUGCACAAGAUUCGCAAACGAGUCCUGGCCAUGUGCCACCAGCAGCAUCUGCCGAACUUGAGGAUUACCGUCCACAUUCCGAUAUGGAGCAACCCCCAGCAGUUGUGACAGUUGCUCGAAGACGGUUUUUCAACCGAAUCAUCACGAAUUGUGUUCUGCAGCUACUGAUGAUCGAAACUGUCAAUGAACUCUUCUCGAAUGACUCCGUCUAUUCGCAGAUACCAAGCCAGGAGCUUUUGCGCCUCAUGGCCCUCCUAAAGAAGAGUUAUCAAUUUGCUAAGAGGUUCAAUGAAGCCAAAGAUCUGCGAGUCCAGCUGUGGCGACAGGGGUUCAUGAAACAACCUCCCAACCUCCUCAAACAGGAAAGCGGAAGCGCGGCUACAUAUGUCAAUAUUCUUUUCCGUAUGUAUCAUGACGAAGGCGACGAGAAGAAGACUAAUAGGGUCGAGACGGAGGCCGCACUGAUACCACUCUGUGCAGAUAUCAUACGAGGCUAUGCCCAUCUGGACGAAGAAACCCAACAACGGAACAUCGUGGCAUGGAGACCAGUCGUCGUGGAUGUCAUGGAAGGGUACACUGGUGUCCCCCGCGAAACUUUCGAAAAGCACAUUGAAAUUUUCUACCCCAUCUGCAUCGAUCUACUCGGCCGGGAUCUCAACAACGACAUUCGCCUUGCGCUCUAUUCUUUCCUCCGCCGCGUGGGAGAGUCUCGCCUUGGAAUGCCACCAUACUCUCCACAGGAGACACCCGUCAGCCCUCGGAGCUCCAUUUCACAACAUUAUUUCAAUAGUGACAGGAGGCGCAGUAAGGGUCGGUGA